ACUAAGCUUCUUUUUAGGGCUUCACAAUUAUUUGCCUUUCACUAUACGCUAUCGAUUUAUUUUAUUGGUAGUUUGUUGUGUAUUGGCCACAAGACGAAAAGUAUUAAAAAAAAAAAGGACAGAAAAAUCAAUGCUUCAUUUUAUUCUCAUACUUUAGUAAUUCUAACAUUCUCUUUAAAUUCUAUAAAAAGAAUGAUACAAGAAGAGAGAAAAAAGAGGAAGAGAGAAAGAAAGAAUAAAAAAGGAGAGAGAGCGAGAGAAGAGCAAAAAAAUGACAACAUCGUGAAAAGAACACAUUUAGCUAAUCAUCAUCAUCAGCAUCAUCAUCAUCAUCACCAUCAUCAAUCAUCAUCAUUCAUCAUCAUCAUCAUCAUCAUCGUCAUUAUCAUCGUUAUAACAGUGUCUUCCUUAGUCCAAUUAUAA